GCGGCAUUCACCUUGACGCUAGUGAAAGUCCAACAGCCAAUCCUGUUUUGGCUUCCCACUGGGUACCAUGAAGGCCUGUGUCCCCCUGGUAGUGGCCGUGCUCUGCGGCCUGGCCUGCGCUGGACAGGUGAGGAGUGGCCUCCAGGCCACGCCCAGCCCACAGACCUGUCUUUGAUCUGCCUGAAUCUUUUAAAAAAAGUUGGAACACUUCACAUAAAAAUUAAAGCUUCUCUUGAAAAACUGGAGUUUCUAUCAACACGGAGCCUACACGCAAACAUGGCAGCGAUUGGCUGGAGCUGAUACGUAGUGGCUGUCACUUUCAGGCAGAGCACUACUCUCAAGUUUGUCACCGUCCCCACCUCUUCCGAAUGUCUUCCUGCUUCUUUACCCGUUUAUGUCACAGAUCUAGCCCCGGCAGGCAUUUGAGUUUGUGGUCCUGGUUCAUAUUAUGAGCCCUGCAAUAUUUGGAGAAACGGGGUCAUGUGCAUCUCGCUGCCACGAGAAGUUUAACCGGGACGCUGCCUGCCAGUGUGACCACCGGUGUGCCUCGCACUCGGACUGCUGUGAAGACUAUGAGCACCUGUGUACAGCUGAUGAGGACCCCGAAGAGCCAGAGCCAUUCCUGGAGCUGGAGGAAGAGAUGGAGGCGGCCCCAGCUAGCAACUUGUACUCAGCACCCAACUCCUGCCGGGGCCGCUGCCAGGAAGCCUUUGACAAGCACCAUCCGUGCCAUUGCAAUGUCCGCUGCCCAGAGUUUGGGAACUGCUGCAAGGAUUUCGAGAGCCAGUGUGGCCAAGAGGGCUUCUCCCACAGCAGUGACGCCAUAACCAAGGAGGAGCUGCAGGGCAUCUCUGAGAAGAUCUACACGGUGGAUGCCAACAAAGCCCAGAAGGAAGAUAUCAUUCUCAACAGUCAAAACCACAUCUCACCCUCUGAGACCAGAGACCAAGUGGACCACUGCCCGGAGCCGCUGUUCACGUAUGUCAAUGAGAAGCUGUUUUCCAAGCCGACCUAUGCAGCCUUCAUCAACCUCCUCAACAACUACCAGCGGGCAACGGGUCGUGGGGAGCACUUCAAUGCCCAGCAGCUGGCUGAGCAGGACACCUUCCUCAGAGAGGUCAUGAGGACGGCAGUCAUGAAGGAGCUCUAUGGCUUCCUCCAUCACCAGCACCGCUACAGCUCAGAACAAGAGUUCCUCAACGACUUGAAGAACAUGUGGUUUGGGCUCUAUUCAAGAGGCAGUGAAGAGGGGGACUCAAGUGGCUUUGAACACGUCUUCUCAGGUGAAGUCAAAAAAGGCAAGGUCACUGGCUUCCAUAACUGGAUCCGCUUCUACAUGCAAGAGAAGGAGGGCCUGGUUGACUAUUACAGUUACAUCUACGACGGGCCUUGGGAGUCUUACCCCGACGUGUUAGCCAUGCAGUUCAACUGGGACGGCUACUAUAAGGAAGUGGGCUCAGCUUUCAUUGGCAGCAGCCCUGAGUUUGAGUUUGCGCUCUACUCCCUGUGCUAUAUUGCCAGGCCAGGCAAAAGGUGCCAGUUAAGCCUGGGUGGACAUCCCUUGGCCAUUCAGACCUAUACCUGGGACAAGUCCACCUACGGAAAUGGCAAGAAGUACAUCGCCACAGCCUACGUGGUGUCUUCUACCCAAUAGCGCUUCAAGCCUGAAAGGGGCAUGAGGGCACUGAGAGCUUUUGCAGGACUGAGGUGCUAUCUGCUCUGGGCUGGAGGGGGGAUGGAGGAGACUGGGAGGGAUUCCCAAAUCCAGAAAUGUCCAUACGGGAAAGAGAGAAAAGAUACAAAUUAGAAAAAUGCAGAGAAACAGUCAACUCUUUGUCCUCCAGCCUUUUGGAAACAGCAUUCAGACAGAGGAGGUGGGACCCUCCAUAGCUCUUUGCUCUGCUGGCAGCUGAAACUGUGAACAAGUCCUUGACCACUCCAGGUCUCAUGUUUCCUUUUAGUGUAAAGGGAAAGGAUUUGCACCCUAUCCUGUUCUGGGGGUUGGUGAGAGGGCAAACCUGAUUGAUAUCAUUACUGUGAAGGUGUUAUCAAUUGUUCUUAGGAAGAACGGCUGAUAGAAAUUCGAGAUUACUACAAUGGCUGUUAUUGUACACAGCUCUGCAAACUGUGAUUCAGCCCUGUGUUGGGGCCUCAAAGAAAUCAGGUCAUGGAAAUCAAGCAUGGUGUAUUCCAGCAUUGGAGCCUCUCAAAACAGGGUCUGGGAGAACUUCAAUGCUGGACAGAGAGGGUCAUGGGUUGGCGUAGUGAGUGGGCUGGGGAGGAGUCGACUUCUCCUGGCCUCAGGGUUUUCGGUAAUUUAGUAACUGCAGCAAGAAUCUUCCUACUUACUGGCAUUUAGUGCAGUCCCAGAGCUGUAUUUUGGUCCCAAAUAAUGUAUGAAAGAGUUCCCUCGUAGGAGACAGCUUCUGCAUCAGAAGAAAGGAGCCUGUAGCUUGGUGUCAUUGGUAUAAUUGUUUUAAGACUUAUCCGGCAGCCAUAAUUUGCAUAAACUCUAGAAUGGAAGACCAGGGAGACUGGGUUUCAAUCUCAGUUAUGCAUCUCCCCCAAUCCCACUGGGAACCAGUUGCUGUCCCGCAGAGCCAGGCUUGAACUAUAGUCUAGAGGUGAGGAUCUCCAAUUAAAGGCAUUUAAGAAAAUUUGAAAUAUGUCUCUUCUUUGUAAUUGGCCCCUUUCAACUGUCUAGCUCCCUUCCUUUUCCCUGGAGCGGGGAGUGGGAGAGGUGGGGGUCUGGGAGUGAUGCUUCUGGCUUUAGUGUCUCUUCAGGAUGUCUUGGAGAAUGUGGUAUCUCGGUGAGGUCCCUGAAGACUCACCAAGUCUCUCUAGCCAAGAUGGGGAGAGACUUCUUCCUGGUGGACUUGUAAUACAAAGAGUGGAAGGAGUGUAUUUCUGCCUUUUGGUUCCACAUGUAAGGAGCUUGGAAGUCACCACUCCAUCCUAACAACUGAAUGGACGGAAAAACCAAUAAUUCUUCUUGGAUCCAUAGGAGAAGGGAGGACACAGGCAAACCACAGCCCUCAAGGUUGGAAAGACAGGCGAAUAUAGAGAGAGACAGUUUAUUGGAACAGAGACUCUGGAGAAGACACCAGUGUUGGAGCAGGAACAGCUGGACUAUAAUUGAUAAAUUGCUGGAGGCUCAGGGUAGGUGGCGCUGAGAGUUAAUUCCAGGUGGACCCAGUCAUAUGAGCCCCCACAAUAUGGUGAGAUUUACCUCCAGGAGUCCGACUAGGUUUCCAUACUAAAUAUCUGAGAAAAAUCCCCUCACACUUCUGGCACAGCCAGGAGAAAAGAACCCAUUUAAAAAUACAUCCUUCCUAACAAAGCCUGUCCUGAGGGGAAACUAAUUCACUAGAGUCUGACUUGCUGGGGUAAUAUCAGAGCCUAACUGAUGCGGAGAAGGAAAAUACCCAACUCCAGCCUACUGUAGCCAUCUGUCCCAUGUCAGGGGGAAGAAAAAAACCUGAGAAAAACCUGUGAAGUUCACAGUCCAGAAGAAUAGGCUCACUAACAGCCUGAGGCCUUUUAGCGAUGGGACUAUAUAAAGUUUCUCCUCCCCCACACCUCACCACCACACUACUAAAAGCCUAUUUAUAGCACUUCCUUUGACUGGUAUGUCAUGUUUGGCCAUCAAGAAAAAAUUAUAAAGUAUACCUAAAGACAAAAAACACAAUUUGAAGAGACAGAGCAAAUAUCAGAACCAGACAUGGCAGGGAUAUUGGAAUUAUCAGAUUUUUUUAGGGUGGCGAAAAUACUCUGUCU